AUGGACACCAACCCCUCCGAUACCCCAUCUGACCUUGAACAUGCACCGUACACUCCCUUGCCGGACAACCCUUCUCAGGCGAGAAUCAGGCGACCCUUUAAGGUCUUUGCUGCAAUAUUUGCAUCGGUCAUUUUCUUGCUAUCAUUGGUCACAUUAAUCAUUAACCAAAGCCAAGAACCAUUACCUGUCCAAAACCAAAACCGGUCACCUUCAACUUCAAGACCUACCAAGUCAUUUUCUAAGCCGGAGCCAAGAGGAGUGGCUCAAGGUGUAUCACCGAAGUCAAAUCCAUCCUUUUUCGGUGAUAAAGUCUCCUAUAAUUGGACAAAUGCUAUGUUUUCAUGGCAAAGAACUGGCUACCAUUUUCAACCUGAGAAAAAUUGGAUGAAUGAUCCUGACGGUCCAUUGUUUUACAAGGGAUGGUACCAUCUGUUCUACCAAUACAAUCCUGAUUCAGCUACGUGGGGCAACAUUACAUGGGGCCAUGCCGUAUCAACGGACCUGAUUCACUGGCUGUACCUCCCGCUUGCGAUGGUCCCCGAUCACUGGUAUGACAUAAAUGGCGUGUGGACAGGAUCCGCUACUCUCCUUCCCGAUGGUCGGAUUGUGAUGCUUUACACUGGGUCGACCAAUGAAUCAGUGCAGGUACAAAAUCUUGCAUACCCUGCAAACCUAUCUGAUCCUCUCCUUAUUGACUGGAUCAAAUAUCCGAAUAAUCCGGUUAUAAAACCACCAAAAGGAAUCGAAGCCGAUGAAUUUAGAGACCCGACAACAGCAUGGAUGGAACCGAAUGGGACGUGGCGGAUCACAAUCGGGUCAAGACACAAAAAAACUAUCGGUAUUUCACUCGUGUACCAGACUUCUGAUUUUACAACCUUCAAGCUGAUGAAUGGAGUGUUGCAUGCGGUUCCGGGUACGGGUAUGUGGGAAUGUGUGGAUUUUUACCCGGUUUCAGUAAACGGCUCAACUGGAUUAGAUACGUCUGCCAAUGGACCGGGUACCAAACAUGUAUUAAAAGCUAGUUUGGAUGACACAAAGAGAGACCAUUACGCACUUGGGGUUUAUGACCCGGUAGCCGAUAAAUGGACCCCGGAUAAUCCGAAAGAGGAUGUGGGUAUUGGGUUACAGGUGGAUUAUGGAAGGUAUUAUGCAUCAAAGACAUUUUAUGACCAAAACAAGCGGAGGAGGAUCUUAUGGGGUUGGAUUAAUGAAACUGAUACUGAAACUGAUGACCUUGCCAAGGGAUGGGCCUCUGUUCAGACAAUUCCAAGGAACGUGAUAUUUGAUAACAAGACUGGAACCAAUAUACUUCAAUGGCCAGUGGAAGAGAUAGAGAGCUUGAGAUUGAGAAGCACUGAAUUUAGAGAGAUUGUGGUUGGACCUGGUUCAGUUGUGCCACUUGACAUCGGACAGGCGACACAGCUAGACAUAUUUGCCGAGUUUGAACUAGAGAUUACAUCGGAGACAAAACCUGAAAAUUACGGUUGCCGUGGUGGGGCUGUAGACAGGAGUGCUUUGGGACCAUUUGGUCUUCUAGUCAUAGCAGACAAAACACUUUCAGAGCUGACACCUAUAUUUUUCAGGCCUGUUAAGACAAUUGAGGACACUGUCAAAACUUAUUUCUGUGCUGACGAAACAAGGUCAACAAAAGCUCCGGAUGUUUUUAAACAAGUUUAUGGAACCACAGUUCCUGUGCUGGCAGACGAAAAGUUUCAAAUGAGGGUAUUGGUCGAUCAUUCAAUUGUUGAAAGUUUUGGUCAAGGAGGAAGGAGAGUGAUAACGUCAAGAAUUUAUCCAACAGAAGCAAUUUUUGGAAAUGCAAAGUUAUUCCUAUUUAACAAUGCAACUGGUGUGAAUGUUAAGGCCACACUCAAGAUAUGGGAAUUGAAUUCUGCAUUUAUCCAUCCUUUUCCAUUUGACCAAAUUAGAAUGGAAUAG